AUGGGAGGUAUUCUACAGAAGAUGCUACAGGCAUUUUACACCAAGAAGCUCGAGGUCGUGCUCGUUGGUCUUGAAAACAGUGGCAAAACAACGUUGCUGAAUGUGAUGGCCAUGGGUCACCCCGUUGAAACGUGUCCAACCAUUGGACUUAACGUGAAACUCGUGAAAAAAGGAGGCGUACAGAUGAAAUGCUGGGAUAUUGGUGGACAGGCACAGUACCGAAGCGAGUGGGGCCGUUAUACACGUGGGUGUGAUGUCAUUAUAUAUGUAGUUGACGCCAAUGCGUUUGAUCAAAUCUCUUUGGCCCGGAAGGAGCUGCAUCGUCUACUAGAAGAUCGUGAACUGGCGACGACGCCACUGCUGGUGCUGGCCAACAAGAUCGAUCUGGAACCUCAUAUCUCUGAGCCAGAGCUCAUUCGUGAGUUGAACUUGGACUACAUUGUAGACAAUCCAUGGCUGGUGAUCCCCAUCUCGGCGCUACGUCUCGUCAACAUUGAUCAGGUCAUCCAGUGGCUGAUGAAGCAGUCGGGCAAGGGCUAA